AUGAAAGGGAGCAAAGUCCAUGAGCACGAGACCGACGUCCCUGCCUCUGAGCUAUGGGCAAUCUACGGCUCGCUCCUCGCCACGAAACUCCUGCCGGAGCUGCUCCCGCACGUGCUUGCCAAGGUCGAGCUCGUCAGCGGUGACGGCGGGAUUCCUCGACUGCAUAGUUACACGGAGAAGUUCAUCAAAGUAGACAAUGAGAAUUAUAUCAAGGAGGUCGAAGCCAUCGAAGGUGACAUUCUAAAGCUGGGGUUCAUGUACUACAUGGUACGGCUUGAGAUCAUUUCAAAAGGGUCCAACUCAUCAGUGAUAAGAUUCACUAUCGAGUAUGAGGUUGAUGAUGCUCACCCAGAGCUUGAAGCUAUGGUGGGCAUGGCAGCUUUUGCUGCAACUGCUGAGAAAUUUUCGGAGCAUGCCAAGGAGAAUAAGGCCCCUCAGGCUACCUAUUGA